AUUACGAUGGUGUGCGACCCCCUCAAUCUCCGUCUACCUCAUGAGAGGUACAAGAAAACAGCAAUCGGCAUCGUCGCGGGCAACCUACAGGUCGUGCACACAUACCUCCGCGACUGCAAAGUUCAUAUAUCGCAGGCAAAGUCCUCUUUUGAAGGCAUGGCGGAGCGCUUUUCUCUCCAGAAAAUUGUCGAAAUGCGAGGUCCCCAAGAAGAGCCCACUCUGGCAGUCCGCUGCGCGCAGGCAGCAUCAUCCGAAGCCUUGCGAGAGGCUCAACAUUAG